AUGCUGCGGUAUAAUUUCCGCCGGACGCAGCGCGUUUGCGUGCAGGUCAACCACAGACGGGCGGCAGGUCGUCCGCUUGCGUUGGCUGCUCCGUCGGCGACGUUCUCGUCUUCGUCGGCCGCGUUGAUUCAUCCUUCGACUCGAUCUGGAACCGCUGCUGCUCGACCGGCAGAUAAGAGCACGAGCUCUGCUUCCUCUCCGACUGCUAACACUACCUCCUCAUCAUCGUCUUCUACUUCUUCUUCUUCAUCAUCCACCACUGCUACCGCCUCCUCCGCCUCCUCACCCGCCGCGUCGCAACACUCAUCGCAGUCGCUAAACGCACAAUCUGUAGCCUCGCUGAUUGCGUCGCUCUUCCCCGGCGGCCCCACCCAAACCGACGCCGAGCGCGCGAGCGUGCCGAACUCGAAAGCCUUCUCGGACCCGCUCUCGAUCGUGGCGGCCGAGAUGACGAGUCUGACGACAAACAUCCACCUGCUGCUCGGCUCCGGCCAGCGGUCGCUCGAUUCGGCGGCAAAGUACUACGUGCAGAGUCAGGGCAAGCAUAUCCGGCCGCUGCUGGUGCUGCUGAUGAGCCGGGCCGCGCUGCAGGCGCCCAAGGCGGACAAGUUUGAGCCCGCGAGCGAGAUUGACGAGAGCAUAUCGCCGCUGGAUAUCCUGCGGGACUUCAACCCGGCGAAUAUAAUAUCGACGAUCGCGACGAGCGUGCGGGAGAAGGUGAGCAGUAGUGCGGUUGAGGUGGUCGAGGAGAGCACGGGCGUGCUGCCGUCGCAGCGCCGGCUGGCGGAGAUCACGGAGAUGAUUCAUGCGGCGUCGCUGCUGCAUGACGAUGUUAUCGACGACGCGGAAACACGCAGGGGCGUGCCGUCGGGAAACAUGAAGUACGGGAAUAAGAUGUCGAUCCUGGCGGGUGAUUUUCUUCUCGGUCGCGCGUGCGUGUCGCUUGCGCGGUUGAGGAACGCAGAGGUCACCGAGCUGAUCUCGACCGCGAUCGUGAACUUGGUCGAGGGCGAGGUGAUGCAGCUGAAAAACACUGCGCCGGAAGACUCAAUCACGGGUGUAGCCACCCCCGCGACGUUCAAGCACUACCUCGACAAGACGUACCUCAAGACCGCGAGUCUGAUGAGCAAGUCCUGUCGCGGCGCGGCCGUGCUCGCGGGCGUGAAGGGCGAGUUCGUCGACGCGGCGUACGAGUACGGCCGGAAUCUGGGGAUGGCGUUCCAGCUGAUUGACGAUCUGCUGGAUUACACGGUGACCGCGACCGAGCUCGGCAAGCCUGCGGGCGCGGAUCUGCAGCUGGGGUUGGCGACCGCGCCGGCGUUGUUUGCGUGGCAGAAGUAUCCCGAGCUCGGGCCGAUGAUUCGACGCAAGUUCAGACAGCCUGGCGAUGUCGAGACUGCACGAAGGCUUGUUGCGGAAUCAGACGGCGUAGAGCAGACGCGGAUCCUGGCAGAGACAUACUCGAGCAACGCGCGCGCGUACAUCAACAAAUUCCCUGACUCGUCUGCCAAAGAGGCGUUGAUUGACAUGACGCAGAUGGUUCUCAACCGAAAGAAGUAA